AUUAUUCAUUACUUGAUAUCCAAACAACUUGCCGACCAAAAAAAAGCAAAGGACAAGGCAACUAGUAGCGAGAAAUGACGAGAUCACCCUUUUUCGCCGCUGUCAUCUCGCUACUCCUCGCCACUCUCGCGGUGGCGGAGAUUAAGUCCAUCACCAUCUCCGAUGAUUCUCGGCCAUUGAUUCUCUUGCAGACAUUCGGGUUUACUCAGACCGGUCAUGUAACCAUCUCCGUAUUGUAUUCUUCGAGUCAGGACUCGUCGAGGACAGGGUUCUACCUUGUAGAACAAGAAUCGGUUCUCCUAGUAGACAUCGAGCUCCAGCAAAACUCUAGCUUCUGCGUCCUCGAUUCACACUACGUCCACCAUUUCGAUCAAUCAUAUCAAGUAACGUCCCCUGGAUAUUACUCUCUCUUCUUUGCUAACUGCGCACCGGGGACUAAGGUUUCCAUGAAGUUCAAAACUGAGAUGUACAAUCUUGAUCCAAACGGGUCAAAGGAUUACUUACCAGCCGGGUCAACCCAACUACCCGGUUUGUUAUUCGUCUUCUCCCUCUGCUAUUUGACGUUCUUUGGUCUCUGGGUCUAUUUAUGCUACAACAAGAAGCAAAUGAUUCACAUUUUAGUGGCGGCUCUGCUUAUAAUGAAAUCCCUUAGUCUUAUUUGUGGCGCGGAGGUUAAACACUACGUGAAAACCACAGGCACGCCUCACGGCUGGAACAUUCCUUUCUACGUUUUCCAGUUCCUCGGAAACGUUUUGCUCUUCAUGGUGAUUGUUCUAGUUGGAACAGGUUGGUCGUUCUUGAAACCGAAGAUACGAGGAAAGGAGAAAACGUUGUUGGCGAUGGUGAUUCCGUUUGAGGUUGUAUCCACCAUUGCUUCGGUUGUGAUUGGAGAGACUGGACCAUAUGUCCAAAACUGGUUAAUUUGGACCUACAUCAUCUUUUUUGCUGAGGUAUCUUGCUGGGUCGCCAUGAGAUUGGUAAUAGUUUGGUGGAUGUGUUCUUUAAGAAAGACAUCGAGGAAAACAGUCAAGAACUUAGGCACCUCACCAUUUUUUGGGAAAUUCUACAAUUUGGUUUUUGUGUAUCUGCUUUUCACAAGGGUUGCAAUUGGUGUGUUUAUGUUGAAUGAGACUGCUGAUUAUAAGUAUCAGUGGGAGAGCAAUGUAGCUGGGGAGAUUGCAAGUCUUGCGUUUUAUGCAUUGAUGUGUUAUUAUAUGUUCAGGCCAAUAGAAAGGAAUGGAUUUUCUGAUGUUGAAGAUGAAAAAGAAGAAGAAGAAUUGCUACAGAUCUUUGACCUAGAGGAAGAUCAAGUUUGAGCUAUGAAGCAAUUUUAAACUACUGUUUUAGUUUUUUAUAUACUUGUAAUAAGGAACUUAGAUGUGUCUCUUGUACAGUACCUUAAGGCUUGCUUGUUAGUAUGAUGUAUUUGUGUUUGUGUAUUAUCUGAUGAAAAUAUAUGCAUGUUCGUGUU